UUUUUUUUUCCCCUGCUUCAAUUCGUAAUAAUAUAUACAUUUUUUGAUCUUAGAAGAGUGGUUUUUUUUUUCUUUCUUGGAUUUGUGUGUUCUCCAGACGGAGGGUUGGGGGGUGUGGAAUUUGCAAAGGUGAAAUCGAUCAACAUUCAUUUCGAUAAGCGUUUCUCACCUGUUAAAUGCCGCCAUUUCUCUGUAUAAAAUCAUCUUUCUGUGCGAGACUUUGAUCCGGAUCACCAAGAUUUAGGUUUUCUUCUUCAUAAUCUUUGCCCCUUUCUUCUGUUCUUCAUCCAAUAACUUGAGCAGAUCGUUUAUGGUUACAUUCGAUUUUUUGAGUGGAUUGUAGAAGGUAUCUUAGGGUUAAGACACUGAGGUGUUGAAUUCUAGCAGUUCCGAUAGGAAUCAGGGUUUCUUACCGUUUCUUGAUUUUGCAUCAGAGCUAGUUAGUUUGGUUGGGUUUGAGUUAUUUGGCUAGCGAAGGAUGGAUAAGAAAAAGGUGGCGGUGCCUCUUGUCUGCCAUGGCCACUCGCGUCCGGUCGUCGAUUUAUUCUACAGUCCGAUAACUCCUGACGGCUUUUUUCUCAUCAGUGCGAGCAAGGAUUCCAGUCCCAUGCUGAGAAAUGGAGAGACUGGAGAUUGGAUUGGUACCUUUGAAGGACAUAAGGGUGCAGUGUGGAGUUGCUGCUUGGAUACUAAUGCUUUAUGUGCAGCUUCGGGCUCUGCGGAUUUUACUGCAAAAAUAUGGGAUGCACUAACAGGUGACGAGUUGCACUCAUUUGAACACAAGCACAUUGUUCGUGCAUGUUCAUUCUCAGAAGAUACCCACCUGCUGCUUACUGGUGGGAUUGAAAAAAUCCUACGUAUCUUUGAUUUGAAUCGUCCAGAUGCACCUCCAAGAGAAGUUGACAAUUCUCCUGGUUCAAUCAGAACUGUAGCAAUGCUUCAUAGUGACCAGACAAUAUUAAGUUCAUGUACAGACAUGGGGGGCGUGAGAUUAUGGGAUGUAAGGAGUGGCAAAAUUGUCCAGACACUUGAGACCAAAUCCCCAGUCACCAGUGCAGAAGUCAGUCAGGAUGGCCGUUAUAUCACUACUGCUGAUGGCUCAACUGUUAAGUUUUGGGAUGCAAACCAUUUUGGACUGGUGAAGAGCUACAAUAUGCCAUGUACGGUCGAAUCUGCUUCACUUGAGCCGAAGCUUGGCAAUAAAUUCAUUGCUGGGGGAGAAGACAUGUGGAUUCGUCUAUUUGAUUUCCAUACCGGUGAAGAGAUUGGGUGCAACAAGGGACACCAUGGUCCUGUUCACUGUGUUCGUUUUGCUCCUGGAGGAGAAUCCUAUGCCUCAGGAUCUGAAGAUGGAACAAUUAGAAUAUGGCAAACGGGGCCUGCAGCCCAUGAUGAGAGUGAUGCCUUCUUGGCAAAUGGGUCAACUGGUAAGGUGAAAGUGUCGGCUGAUGAGGUUGCCCGCAAGAUUGAGGGCUUUCACAUUGUAAAAGAAGAGAAAGCUGAAGAAAAGGAAGAAGCAACGGAUGCCUAACAAAACUGGGUAUUUUGCUUUGUUUUGUUUGAUUGAUCGGUUGGUUGCAUGCAUAUGGAAUGUGUUUUGUUUCUCUCCGAUAAUUAUCCUAUCUUGAGAAAAUAAACCAGCCCAUUUUUUGUACAAUUUCUCUUCGCUUGUUCUAGUGAAUUUUUUUCAUCCAUUAUAAGCUUCCGUUUCCUUCUA